AUGCUGCCAGAGGUCCAGGAGGCAGGAGUCAUUCAGCUUCCAUUCAAAGUAUUCGUAGUGGAUCUCGACCUCCUGCAAAUGACGUCUAGACCACCCAGCAGUAGUACAAGUUCUCAGUCACAAUCUGCUGUUGGCGCAUCCCAUUCUCGUGACAAUUUGCAAUCUGCAAUGUCUGAUGGAUCGCUUGAUGAAAACAUUACCACAGGUGUACACUGUCGACGAACUGACUCAAGUCCUGAUCGUGGCGACCCAACUGUCCUUACGCCUGUUGCCAAUGACUUAGGUGUUGCCGAGGAGGAACUUCAUGAGUUUAUUGAUACUGGAGGGAUAUACUAUAUGCUUAUUGACAUCAAGGCCACCUUGUUGAGGUGGAAUGAAGACACCAGGAAGAUAGAGCUCGCCCAGUUGAAAGAGCUGCUAGAUUCUAAGGACUUCAAGUCCAGAAUCCAGAGUCGUCUCACUGCGUGCAUGCUGUCACCCAACAUCACCACAUAUGUCACCGAUGCACACACUCACAUUAUGGACUUUGUCAGGAAGCAUCACGAUGUGUUCAAAAUCCCCGUGGCAAUGCUUGAAGACGUGGAACUUAAUGCACAACUGUCAAAAAUGGUCAGUGACCUGCUUUCAUCCAUCCGCGGCAACAUAAAGGCCAAGAGAAUACUGACAACGGCGGCCAGCAAGAGAAAUGAGGGCAAGAAUAUCGGGGGCAAAGGAGCAGAGGAUGAGGACCAAGGCAAAGGAGAUCUGCCAGUUGAUGAGGAAAAUUCAGGAUCUGAAAGCAAAGGACGCCCUGCUGUUUACUCUUUGUCUAAGUUCUGGAAGUUUGUAGAUGACUCCCUCGACAGCAUUCGUGAGCUAGCAAGGGCCCGGGUCAGUGAGCAGGAGGGGACGGGUGGUUCUCUGACAUAUGAACAUGCUUUUCGCGAUAUCCUUGUGGAAUACUUUCAAUUGGACCUCACUGAAUUUCCUGGAAGGAGAACCAUUCUGAAGCUCCUCACUACCACUAGCCCCCAGUGGCAGACUACCAUCCAGAACCAGCUCUUAUGGUGA